CGUCCUUGUAUCACUAUUUCAUUUGACAUAUCAUUGACCAAGAACUUGUUAGAAGUCGAGUUUCCAAGGGAAGAGAAACUUGAGAAGUCUAAGAAGAUCUCCAUAGGGCUCUUUUGCAAAACUGAUACAUCGCUGCUAUUUUACUUAGCUUUUAUUUAAGAGUUAUAACAUUGUUGCAUCGCAUCUACUGGUACCGCAAAAAGUGUCAGACAUUUCCCGGCUAAAAUCCUUGUCAAUAUUGUCUGCAGUACGAAGGCCCAUGAACUGAUAUUCAACACGAAUUGUCGUAUAGUUGGAGGAGCUUUCCAUGCUUGCCACUUUCAUGAAGAAGUGUUCGGUCUCGAAUCUUGGCAAAUUCCAAGGAGAAUCCACGAAAGGCCAUAAUUAUGAGAAUCGCUUGUUUACAGUUCGAUCCUCAGGUCGGAGAUGUCACUAAUAACUUCACAAAAGCGGAUGCAAUACUCGCGAAAGCAGAACCGGAAGAUCUCGAUCUUUUAGUAUUGCCUGAGAUGGCUUUUUCUGGUUAUAACUUUUCCUCUUUGGAACAAAUCACCCCUUAUCUUGAGCCGACUACUUCUGGUGUCACAUCUUCAUGGGCACGUACGACAGCUCUCAAGUACAACUGUGUAGUAACGGUUGGUUAUCCUGAGAAGGCUAAUGAUGCUUCGAAUGGAUCAUCAAAUUCCGAAUGUUAUAAUUCCACAGUUACGGUAGAUAAGGAGGGUAAGACUAUCGCCAACUAUCGAAAGUCAUUCCUAUACUACACAGAUGAAACUUGGGCUCAUGAAGGAUCUGGCUUUUUCGAUGGAAAUAUCAGGGGGCUAGGAACUGUGGCAAUGGGAAUCUGCAUGGAUUUGAAUCCAUACAAAUUCGAAACUCCUUGGACUACUUGUGAAUUUGCUUGCCAUGUACUUCAAAAGAAGGCAAAUCUUGUUAUUUUGUCCAUGGCUUGGCUUACAAGACAGGACCAAUUACCUUACGGUCUAUUAGCAAGGGAACCUGAUAUGGAUACAAUUUCUUACUGGAUUGCCAGACUGAAACCUAUCAUUGGAGCUAACAGCACUGAAGAAAUCAUUAUUAUUCUCGCCAAUCGGUGCGGCACUGAAAGCGAAGCAACAUAUGCGGGAACCAGCACAGUCCUAGGUAUCAAGGAUGGCGAAGUUAAUGUCUACGGAAUACUCGGCCGAGGUGAGGAAAAGCUUUUGAUCGUCGAUACUGACGAGCAUCCUAUGGCCAAGAUAAUUUCGGGUACAAAGUGAACCGAAAAUUGAUUUCGCCAAUCAUCAAACCAAUUCCAUAAUUCAAUGCCAGAAGUCGAAUAAAUAAACUGUGUUAUCGAUGGCUUUCAAAUGAUAGACUCAACAGCAGCUAAACUUACAAGUAUUCCACAAUGAUAGUCUCUAAUGUAUCGAAUGAUAUUGAAACUUCACUUGCCAAUCUCAAUUCGCACCGACCUGAAUUUUGUGUAGAAUGGGCGGCACCAAAAUAUGAUGUAAGAGGCGGCGAUAAGAUUAUCAUUCUUCACAUAGAGUAGAAAUCUCAAGCUCUAAAAUUAAAAGAUUUAC